UUUAUUAUUUCUUCUAUGUAAUUACUUGUUCUUAGAUUCUACUCAUUCUAUUGACUUGACUGGAUUAUAUCUUGCGUGGUUUUACGUGGUGUCGAACUUUUAUAAUUAAGAUUUUAUAAAUAACUGAGGAAUUCCAAAUUAUACUAUAUCAUAAUUUAACUAUGCCAGUCGCAGAUGACAUCCAGUCCUCAUGGGCUGAUGAGGUUGAGAUAGAUCAAGGAGCACUUCCACCACCAUCAGAGGUAGUAGAAAAUGGUCUGAAGAUUGUUACAGAGUAUAAAUAUGAUAAUGACAACAAGAAGGUGAAAAUUGUUCGGACAUAUAAAAUUGAAAAACGAGUUGUUUCUAAGAGUAUUGCAAAACGCAAAACCUGGAGUAAAUUUGGAGAUUCUGCUAAUGAUAAACCAGGACCCAACCCUGCUACCACCAAUGUUUCUGAAGAUGUGUACAUGCAAUUUAUUACUAGCAAAGAGGAGAGUCAACGCCCCGAUGAUGGUGAACUGGAUGGUCUGAAACCUCAAACAAGCAGUGUGAUCUUCAAGUGUCGAACAUGCCAAGGAGAUCACUGGACUUUAAGCUGUCCUUUCAUGCACUCUCAACUGGCUCAGGCUAAAGCUAGUGAAGCUGCCAAAGCAGCAGAGGCCAAAGCACCGGCUACCAAUAAGUAUGUUACGCCAUUUAUGCGUGAGGGAGGCGCUGGGCGUGGUGCAGGGCGUGAACCGCCAGGCGCCCGCCGUGAUGAUGUGGCGGCGAUUCGUAUCUCCAAUCUUAGUAACUGUGCGGUGGAGGCUGACCUUGACGAUCUUGUCAAAGGUUUUGGUCCAGUUCAAAAGCUCUAUCUUGCCAAAGAAAAGAGUACUGGUCGUUGCAAAGGCUUUGCUUAUGUACACUUCAAAUUUCGUGCUGACGCUGCAAAGGCUAUUCAAACUCUUAACGGCUAUGGCUAUGAUCAUCUGAUUUUGAAUGUGGAAUGGUCAAAACCACCUCAAAAUAAUUAAACUACAAUUCUUUAUCUUUUUAUAUAAUACAAACUUUUACCAUCUAUUAUAUCCGUGCUAUAAUUUCCACUUAGAAGAUCAAGUUUUUAUAUAGAACCACUAUGGAAACCUUGAAAGCAAAUAAAUAAUAUUUUCUUUA